AGCACACCACACACCAAGGACACGAGCAUCACCACCCAUUUCUUCUAUUUGUCUUUGUGUUAUUGGGUUGGAGUGGGGUGGUCACCGCAGAAAACAAAUAACAUUCAUAAUUCUCGGUUUCGCCGAUCCUUCUCCACUCUUUCAACACAUCACAUAUAUCAAACACAUUCCUAUAACAGUUGUGUUGUUUUGAAUUUUGAGUCUCACUCUCAUCCCCUGUUCACUUCGGUUGUUGGUUGUGACUUUGAUGAUCCCAUCUGUAUACUGUGUAAAGUGUAUUUCUAAAGAGUAAAAUCUAACAUACAUAGAUUCACAGACCGAAUAGUGGAGGUGGUGGACUCAAUCAACUCCCCUCCUCUACAGGCACUUCAGAACAAAGGAAUUAGUCUUCUUCUCUUCACCCCCCUCAUUCUUUGACUUUGGAAAUUCCAUCAUCUCCAAUUCCCUUCUCUUUCCUUUUAAUUUAAUCUUUUUUGAACCAUUCUUCUUCACUCAAAAGAGUGUUUUUUUCUUUUUUCUUUUUUCUUUCGUUCUAUAUCCAUCUGGGUUUUCUGUUGAAAACGAGUUAUUCUAUUUUGUUCAAGAACCUCUCUUCAACCCAAUUCUCUUUCUAAUUCAUCCAUACCAUUGUUGUUUUCAUAAUUAAGUCUAUGCAAUUCAGGCAUAACUGGCAUAAUUCCGUUUUUUUAAUCCCUCAAUUUCAUAUACAUAUAUUUUAAUCUUGGAAUCUCUACCCAAUUCCCUUGGGAAUGUUCUUUUAAUCUCUUAUUCCUCCUCAAUUCCUAUAAACAUAUAUACAAAAUUCAUCUCUUGUUUAUUGGGUUGUUUUUAAUUUGGUCUUCUUUGUUUCUCGAUGGGUUGUGCCACUUCAAAGCCACGGGUCUGCCGGAACUGCGAGCCACCUCCGCCGGUGCCACAACGAAGCUACUCAAUAAACGUCCACCAUCCGCCGCAGCAAGAAGGAGACAGUUACCAUGUCGUAGCUCUCACUUCCACAACAUUGGGUUCUCUCAAGCUCAAUCGCAAACACCUUACCUGCGAAGAAGAAGAAGAAGAAGCUAUAGCUCCAUUGAAGGAUGAUGAAGAUUACAAGAGAAAAACCGAGUUCUCAAUGGGAGUGAUUGAGGCGAAGACAUGGUCUCAGAUGAUCAACCGAAAGAUACCCAAAAUUGUCCCCAAAACUCCGAUCACAACGCCGCCUGGAGAGCCAGAGACGAUCAAUAUUUGGGAAUUAAUGGCGGGUCUUGAAGAUACAAGCCCUCUUCGACCUGUUCAUCAUCACCACCGUAGCUUUUCAUUUCCAGUGAAUUCAAUUCCCGAUUCAAAACUACAAGAAACUGAGGAAUCAAAGCCAAUGUGGCUCCAGAUCGCUGAUAAUUCGAAUGCAACAUCUAUAAUCUCCGAGUUUGAUCCCGAUGUCAUUUCCAAAUUCCGGGAAGCACUUGAAGAUCUCCCUCCGGAGAACCCAAUUCACCUCAACCCAUUGGAUUGCACAGAUGUGAAGAAAAUUGAUGUUGAUUUCCCGGACUACAAGGGUUUCAAAGACAGAGUAGUCUUAUACUUCACAAGCCUAAGAGGUGUGAGGAAGACAUAUGAAGAUUGUUGCCAUGUUCGAGUCAUUUUGAAGGGAAUUGGUGUUCGUGUCGACGAGAGAGACGUUUCGAUGCAUUCGGGCUUCAAAGAGGAGCUGAGAGAGCUACUGGGAGAUGGAUUCUAUGGUGGUGGAUUGCCAAGGGUAUUUGUAGGGAAGAAGUAUAUCGGUGGGGCGGAGGAAAUACGGCGGCUGCAUGAAGAAGGGAGGCUGGAGAAGGUAUUAGAUGGUUGUGAAUGGGUGGUUGGGGUUGGGGGUGGUGGUGGUGGUGUUUGUGAAGCUUGUGGGGAUAUUAGGUUUGUGCCAUGUGAGACAUGUUCAGGGAGUUGCAAGAUUUACCAUGAAGUUGAUUAUGAUGACGAUGAUCAAGAAUUUGGUGAUGAGAGUGAUUGUGGAUUUCAUAGAUGUCCUGAUUGCAAUGAGAAUGGGAUCACUCGUUGCCCAGUUUGUUGUGAUUAAUUUCACAAGGUAUUAACAAUUUUUUUAUUUUUUCGCUUCUACUUCUUUUGUUUUCUUCAAGUGGUGAUUUAUGAAAAGAUGAUACGAAUAGACAUGACACAGAGUAAAAUAAUUUUUUUCAUG